GAUGAAAUCAUUCGCACUACAACAAAUUCUUUAUAGAAGCUUUUUGUACAUGUACAUUUUUUCUUACCAAUGUGUAAUUUUUCUACUUCUAACUCUCCGGUCCUUGUGGGCCCGGUUUAAUUGCUUACUUGAACCCUCAAGCAAAUUGGAUUUCACACCAGAAACCCUGAAGACUCCAAAACAUUUAUCCUUAAUUAUAUUUGAAAAAGCACUAUCCAUCGCCGAUCUCGCCAACAUUGUACUUUGGGCUCACCAGUUCAAUAUCCGCGUCGUGUCGGUAUCAGACUGUGAUGGCAACGUUCCUGCCCUUAAAGAACACAUUGAUUCCCAAAUCCGAAGGCAUCAUUCAGUUUUGGAGGUAACUACUGUCUCCAAAUCGAUCCGUCGCUAUGUAUUUCAUACCACAGACAGACACGGCAAAAAUACGGAGUUGUUGUUGAACUACUGUCAUAUCAACCGCGGCUUGUGGGACUUUUGUGAUAUUGCCCGGAGCUUAUGUUCCAGUUCAGUUCCUAUCACCAGCGAGCAACUCGCCGAAACCGUCAAAGAUAUCUCCCGUUUGCCAUCGGUUGACCUAACGGUUCAUUUCGGAACAUACGCCAGUCUCCUUGGCAUCUUUCCUUGGCACAGUCGGUGCUCUGAGUUUUUAACCAUGACCUCCCAUUGGCAUAUUCAGCGGGAAGACUUUCUUCGUUUGCUCUCUCGUUUCGGCGCCAUCAAGCAGCGAUGGGGACGGUGACACAAUUAUGUCCUGCAUUCGACAAUUUCCAGAUAUGACAUGUGAUACACUUCAUUUAUUUAUAACAUAUUUUUCUAGAA